AUGCUCAGAGGCCCCCUCGCCUUUCUCGGCUUCGGCUCCGCCCAGGAGGGGGAGGAGAAAGGCGAUCUGAAGAAGAGGAGAAGGAGGCGGCGCCGGAGAAAGAGCGAGGGAGGCGGGUUUCCGCUGCGUAAAGAGAAGCGCGGCCGGCGCGGCGGAGGGUGCGCAUCGGAGUCGGAGCGGACUCGGUCUCGUUUCCCUUCCCGGCUUCCCUCGCCUUCCCAGCCCGGGCUGCGCAGGAGAAGCCUCGGUCUGCGGCCCCGAUCGCGGGGACGAGGCCGCGCGGCGCUCCCGGAGCCGAAGAGUCCGGCGCGAGUCCACCGGCUGAGUCCCGGGGCGCGCUCGGCGGCCCCCUCGCCAGCUCUCCAGAGGCGCACGCGUUUGGCUAACCCCCGCCCCCCAAAUCCUAGGUAGGUGCAACGGCGAAAGAGCAAAUCUGCAAAACAGUCCGCGGGUUGGCGUUGCAAAUGGCUAAAAAUCCCAGGCCGUCAUUGUAUCAUUCUAUAAAUGUCUAGGAAGGCGCAACAUCCUGGAGGAAAAGGGAAGAAGCAGCUCUCGAAACAGCGCUCCGCCUCCCGACCAGCUUCCUUGCAAACUGCUAGGAUUAACUCCGCAGAUGCUAAAAUUCUAAGUAGGCGGUAAAAAGAAAGAAAGAAAGAGAACCAGCAACUCCUCCUUCCAGGUUGCCUUGCAAACUAUAAAAGUGGUGGUGAGAAAGCUCUACUCCGGUGUAGCCAGCCCACAGGAUCCGGCCUUCUUUGCCCCCCAGUCCCACGUGGAAUCAUUGCCCUGGCUAGAAGGUCCCAAGUCUGUUCCCUAGGGAACGCUUUUCUCAGAGAUAAACUGAAAAAGCACUUCUCAGGGUUGUACAGGCCUAGUGGACUUGCCUAAAGAAACAGGUUUUUAGCAGGUGCUGAAAGGAGUUCAGAGAAGGCAGCGAUGUUGUGUUCAUCAGCUGCACAGUGUCAAUAGGCCCUGCCAAAGUGUAUGUUGCUGCCACACUAAAAGAUUGGUUUCUUGCAAAUGCAGAUCGGCUGUUCUGUGGCACCGCGUAACAGUGCUAGGUCUGCAGUUUGAAGCUGUCAAGGGUGUAAACUGGCUCCACGUCACUAAGGGCGUUAUAUACUAAUAGUCAGUGUUAGAAACUCAGAUAUAUAAUAACCUAGGCGCCAAAUGGCUCCCAAAACCAGGGUUACAGUCAUCAAAACAGAAUACCUCAUUGCCAUUUUUGAGCAAAAAGGCUUGAUAGUUGUAUUUUUCAAUACGACUUUUUGCUUCCGGAAAUUCGUUCUGAUUGUGUAGAUAAAAUAUCACCAGUAGAAUUCUAGAAGAUGUGUUGCUAGUGUGUGAAAAUAGUCAAGAUCCAAGGAUCCGCAGGUUUGCACCUCCACAUGGUGAUGAUGUAAUUAUUUAUUUAUUUAUUUUAUUUAUACCCCGCCCAUCUGGCUGGGUUUCCCCAGUCACUCUGGGCAGCUCCCGACAGAAUAUUAAAAACACGAUAAAGCAUCAAACAUUAAAAACUUCCCUAAACAGGGCUGCCUUCAGAUGUCUUCUAAAAGUCAGAUAGUUGUUUAUUUCCUUGACAUCCGAAAGGAGGGCAUUUCACAGGGCGGGCGCCACCACCGAGAAGGCCCUCUGCCUGGUUCCCUGUAACUUCGCUUCUUGCAAGGAGGCAACCACCAGAAGGGCCUUGGAGCUGGACCUCAGUGUCUGGGCUGGACAAUGAAGGUGGAGACGGUCCCUCAGGUAUUCUGGGCCAAGGCUGUUUAGGGCUUUAAAGGUCAGCACCAACACUUUGAAUUGUGCUCGGAAAUGUACUGGGAGUCAAUGUAGGUCUUUCAAGACCGGUGUUAUGUGGUCUCUGCGGCCGCUCCCAGUCCCCAGUCUAGCUGCCGCAUUCUGGAUUAAUUGCAGUUUCCGGGUCACCUUGAAAGGUAGCCCCACGUAGAGCACAUUGCAGUAGUCCAAGCAGGAGAUAACCAGAGCAUGCACCACCAGAGCUGGACCUCCGUGUCCUGACUGGACAAUGGGGGUGGAGACGCUCCUUCAGGUAUACUGGGCCAAGGCCAUUUUGGGCUUUAAAGGUCAGCACCAACACUCUGAAUGUCAGGCACCAUCCUGGCACCUGGGCAUCGCAUUUUGCACCUGGCUGAUUUCAAAUGCUGCUAAUAGUAGCCACUUGAACCUGGACCGGUAGGAAGUCAGCAACCAUUGCUGAUCUUUGAGCAGAAGUAUUAAAUGCUCAUGGGGUUUCACUCCUGCCAGCAAUCUUGCUGCAGCAUUUUACACUAUCUGCGGCUUCUGGGCCAAGCUCAAGGGAAGCCCCAUGUUGUAGGGGUCAGAUGGGAUUACCAUGAGGAAUUAUAAAAUAUACAUCAAGCCAUCGUGUCCAUGAUGAAGACAUUGUGUUGACUGGGUUUGAUAUAUUGACGAUAAUUUCUGAUUAAAUCCCAUAAGAUUCUACAUUCAUGCCCUUUUCAUGCCCUUUUGACUCUACUGCCCAUUCCUCUCUUCCCCACAUGUCACGUACACAGCGUACACAGCAGUUGCUUCGCCAGGCAGGCUUCCUGGGCCAUAAAGAUAGUAGGCAAUUUUUUUGAUGUAGUUUUCUUAUAUAUAAUCUUAAAAUGUUAAUCUUGGAGCCAGGAAACAGAUCUCACAUGAAGGUGGUAGUGAUCUGGUCCGCCUGGCCAUCCUUCUUAUCAUGUGUACUGAUUGUUUAUGACCUCCGGGGUUGCUGUAUUCGCUCCUUUGUAGUAUUCAUUCAUUUACCCCAAAAGUAUGCAUGGAUAACUAGUGUUUAUAGUUUAACUUCGUCCCCACUUGAGGUUUGUUUGAAUGCUCAGAAGAAAUCUGAUUGGUUCUUACGAACACUCUGUAAAAAGCUUUUUUGUGAAUAAAAACGGCCUGGGCCAGGGGCUGCACAUCGGACAGGCACAGAGAGACACGAUUAUACACACCCUUCCCAGAGUCUUGCUGGUUCAAGUCUCUGUGUAUUCUUAUUAAUCAGAGUUCAAUCCUUCCUUUACUUUGUGAACGCAACAUCAUGUCAGGUGUGCAGCCGCUGUUUGUUCCCUGCCGGUUGUGAGGUCCAAGCAAAAUAACGUUCCCUUGUGGGUUUUGUUUUUGCCAGUUGA